AUGGAGAUUUAUAUGGUCUCCAAUUUCUCUUUGAAUGCAUUCACUCUUCCCUUCAUGAUGUCUUUUCCUCCUCUCUAUAGUAUCCGACUAGCCUCUCCCUCCGCUCUAUCGAUCCGGCAGGUCGGACCAAUUGUUACGUACUUGAGUACGAAACUUAACCAGAACAACCUCUCACACACUCAAAGUAGUGUUGGUGAUGUAUUGGAAGAUGAUCCAGUGGGAAGGUUGAAGGUUUUUGUAUAUGAACUUCCAAGUAAGUAUAAUAAGAAAAUUCUGCAAAAAGAUCUGAGAUGCCUCAACCAUAUGUUUGCUGCUGAAAUCAUUAUGCACCGGUUUCUCUUAUCUAGCCCUGUCCGAACCCUUAAUCCGGAAGAGGCUGACUGGUUUUAUACCCUUGUAUACGCCACUUGUGACUUGAUACCAAAUGGCCUCCCUUUACCCUUCAAGUCACCACGAAUGAUGAGAAGUGUCAUUCAGCUUAUUUCUUCAAACUGGCCCUAUUGGAAUUGCACAAAGGGGGCAGAUCACUUCUUUGUGGUUCCUCACGACUUUGGGGCAUGUUUUCAUUACCAGGAAGAUAAGGCAAUUGAAAGAGGGAUUCUUGAACUGCUAAGGCAUGCUACAUUGGUUCAAAGAUUGCUUGCUAACCCUUCCAUGAAGCAAGCAAUGCUUUUCCCACAGCCUGCUCAACCUGGAAAUGUCUUCCAUCAAGUUUUAAAUGGACUGGCAAGGAAGCUGCCACAUGAUAACAUCGUGUUCUUGAAACCAAGGGAGAAGAUCUUGAAUUGGACUGUUGGACCUUAA